GGUCACACCACGCAUCGCUAUUGCCGCCAUUUUAAACGGGGUACGAAAAAUAAAGCCAACUUUGCGCAUUUUGUGUAGAUUCUGUUUUGUGCCAAAUGGAUGACUUGUUGGAUAUAAUGCGGCCCCUGUCGGAGCUGGAGCUGGAGCUGCAGAUGAUCAGAGAGGCUCACUUCAGGGAACUGGAUGAACUUUUCUACGGCAUCAAGUUCAAAGAAGCCAAGCCAGCAGACAGUGCUCCGGCACAGAGCGAAGGCACCUCGGUGACGCCACAGCAGACGAAGAAGCGGCCCAAGCGCCUGACGAAGCUGUCGGAGAACUCGGACGAGGCCGAAGAUGUGCACGAUGUGACAGCCGACUCGUCGGGCAGGCAGAGUGCGCGACAGAGCAACCUCCAGCUGCUGGCCGUGGCCGAGGAGGAGAGCCAGCUGAACAGCACCGCGUCGCUAAUGCCGCCGCCACCGCCGCCCACACUGGCCGAUACCACCACGAGCUCGGGUCGGCCACAGCGUGCGGCCAAGCUGAAGUCGGAAAAACUGCUCAAGGAGCCCUCGCUCAACCGCAAGAUGCGUCGUCCCAGCGACGAGGAACUGAUUCGCGUGAAGGUGGAGAGCGAGCAUCGCGUCUCGCAGUUUAACAGCUCCAGCGCCAGCAGCAGGCCACAGAGUACAACCUCCGAGCCGCAGCCUGAGGUGCCAGCUGUGGAGGAGCCAGCAGCCGUGGAUGAGCCACAGGCAGAGCCAGAGCUGGCAGCUCCAGUGGUGCUCAGUGAGAUACCAAAACAGAGCUUACCCAAGAAUUUGGUCGUGAAAGUGAAGCGAGAGAAGCUGUCGGGCGAGAUAACCGCGCCAGCGCUGCCUGCCGCUGACACAACAGCAUCUACCGCCACAGAUGAGACCUUGGCCGUGGCCGAUGUGUCCAAGAAGUUGCGCAAGAAGAAGAAGGACGGCGCCUGCCAUCGACCCAUCAAGGUGGAGCGCUUCAGUGAGAUUGAUAAGAACUCGCCGGUGUCCUCGCGGACACGCAAGAACAGCUGCGAGUCGCGCACCCAGGAGCGCUCCAUCUACAAGGAUGCACUUGAGGAGCCAACAAUCGAGGAGCAGCCACAGCAGCAGCAGCCACAGAUUUCUGGUGCUGUUAAUGAGACGAUGACCUUGUCGAACGCCACCAUUGUGCUGGGUCCAGCGCCCAACGAUGUGAGUCCCAGCAUAGCGGCCGCCGACGCCACCUUCGAAGUAACUUCCAGCAAGCGGCAGCCAGCAAUGCCAGAGUCGGAGCCAAAGCGGAACAGUCUGCUGACCGAGGACGAGUCGCUGGACGACAGGGUGGUGCCGGUGGCCAAAUUUCUCUCGAAUGUGAAGACCAUGAAGCUGCCCCCCGGUCGCCCGCACGAGCUGUUCAAUCCGUUGCUCCAGAGUCCCGUGAAGAUGCGCGUGGAGGCGUUCGAGAAUGCGGCCAUUGCACAGAGCAAAUUGCGUGCACCGCGAGCCAAGAAUGCGGGCACGCCCGGAACAUCGAACAUCACGCCCAAGAUUGGCAAGUUGCAGCCACCGACUGUGGGUCGCUUCUAUACGCCCACUCAGAGCUCGAGCACACUGCCCGUUAGCGCGGGGCAGCCCAAGAAGGCGCCCAUGAGUGCCUCGAAGGCGACGACGCUGCUGAAGACGGCCACCGGCACCAAUCUGAAGUCCACCAACUCGACAUCGAGCAAGACGCUGUCGCGCGAGAACAGCGGCGACGACUUCCGCAAGGGUCUGCACACGCUGGCCGAGGAGCGCAAGAAGCUGCGCGAGCAGAAGCAUCUGCAGGCUGCACAGCAGCGCGAGGCCAAGGAGAAGGAGCGAGCCAAGCAGGCGGCGGAGCGGGCCAAGGUGCGGGAGGAGCGCAAGAAGCUGGAGGAGCGCAAGCGACUGGAGCUGGAGGAGCUGCAUCGUAAGAUGCGCCAGCAGGAGGAAGCCGAGGCGCUCAAAAAGGCCAAGCAGCGGGAGCUGGAGCAGCAAAAGCUGGCGCAGCUGACGGGCGCCAAGAAGAAGAUGCUGCCACCGCCGCCGAAGACAAAAUACACCUGGGACAUGCUGCACGAGGAUGACUCCACCGACGACGAGGGCAAGGUCACACACAAGCGUCCACCGGCACCCACCUGGAGUCGCAGUCAUGUGCGCGCCGAAGCGGUUGCCAUGCAGAGCCACUGCCCCACGGAUAUCAUCGAUAGCUUCUUCUCGGUGGCACCCACCACGCCGGACCUUAAGCAGAUAUUCCCCAACAUCGAUCCCAGCCAGCUGAAGCGCAACUCCAGUGUGCUCUGGUCCACGCCGCCCCGCUACUCGGAGCUCCCCAAAUAUUAGUUUUAAUCUAAAUAAUCCUUUGUUUUUCUUAGUAUAUUGUCAAUGGGAAAUGUUCGAAUAUUUAUGUACUAUAACUAUGAAAUAUAUUUACGAAUAAAUGCUGUUUAAUUAAUAAAAUAAAGUAAAGCAAGAUACCGCUCGUUGCCAUUCCA